AUUCCAAAAGAGGGCGACGGUGUCAUCAAUUCGCUUCGAAUGCGCUGUUCGCCACGUUGGAAGACUCGACUUGACACUAGGUCAUUACCUGACAACUACAGACUUGGAAGAGAAAUAUAUACAUGUUUUAACUCUGUUUUAUAUAAAAUCUCAAUUUACAACUGCCCGAAAAUACUAUCAAGAUGAAGGUCAAGGAACUACUGAAGACUGUGAAUGUAGCAUGGUCUCCGCCAGCUCAACAUCCCAUUAUGCUAGCUGCUGGGACUGCGGCACAGCAACUGGAUGCGAGUUUCAGUACGUCCGCUAGUUUAGACCUAUACUCGCUGAAUUUACAACAACCAGGAUAUGAAAUGGAACUCCGGGUCAGUGUCCCUAGUGAUCAUAGGUUUCACAAAAUUAUUUGGGGAUCAUAUGGUAAUAAUCCAACAGGUAUAAUUGUUGGAGGUUGCGAGGAUGGCACUAUAAAAAUCUAUUCCGCUGCCAAGUUAUUAAGCAGAGAAAGUAAUUGCUUGAUAAGUAGCCCUCAUCGACAUACCGGUCCUGUUAGGGCAAUGGAUUUUAAUCCUUUUCGAGAAGAAAACCAAUUAGCUACAGGUGCAACAGAAAAUGAGAUCUAUAUUUGGGAUAUUAAUACAAGUACACCGACAACUCUUUCUAAAAGUCAACAAUCAGAGGAUGUUCAACAUAUUGCUUGGAACAAGCAAGUACACUUGAAAGACAUUCUCGCCUCUACAUUUUCACAAUAUUGCAUUAUAUGGAAUGUGAAAGAAAAAAAACCGAUAUUUAAAUUGACAGAUGCAAACUCGAGGGUACGUUGGAAAGCUGCCCAGUGGCAUCCAGACAUUGGAACACAAUUGUGUUUAGCAUCAGAGGACGACCAAAUGCCUGUUAUUGAAUUAUGGGAUGUGAGAGUUCCAACAUCGCCUUUAAAAACAUUGCAAGGACAUCAGCGUGGUAUCCUUUCAAUUGCAUGGAAUCCGCAUGAUUCUGACCUACUUUUGAGCUGUGCUAAGGAUAAUAAAAUUUUGUGCUGGAAUCCCAAUUCAAACGCACCGAAUGGUGAGAUAAUAUGCGAGUUAGCUCAAACAGCACAAUGGAACUUUGAUGUGUCUUGGUGUCCAAGGUAUCCAGGAUUAAUUGUUGGCAGCAGCUUCGAUGGUCAUGCUGUUGUCUACUCUUUACUGGGCAAACAACAGCAAGAAACAUCCAAGAUGAUGGAUUCAUUCCCAGGAAUGGAUCCCUUUGCCCAAUCUACAAUACAAACAGGAUCGACAGCAGUAUUAACGAAAGCUCCCAAAUGGUUGAAGAGACCAUUUGGAGCAUCGUUUGGAUUUGGUGGUAAAUUGGUAAUUUUUAAAAAUCAAUCUGCCGAUCCAAAUUUAAUAAACAGAAAAGUUAUUAUAUCACAAGUAAUCACACAACCAAAUCUUAUUCAACGUUCAAACAAAUUAAAAGCAACAUUGGAGACUGAACAAUAUAGUGAAUUCUGUAAGGAAAAGAUGGAGAAAUCUCCAGAUGAACAUACUAAGAAAAUUUGGUGCUGUGUACGUGCUUACUUUGAUAAUAAUGUGACAAAGAGCAUAUUGGAAUUAUUGGGCUACAAUAUUGAUACAAUGAAUAAUAAAUUGAAUCAGUUUGUAUCUCAGGAUGACAUCAGCAAUAUUAUAGAAGGUGUUUCUAAUUUUAACAAUGUACUUAAUGGAAAUGUUAUGGUUGGCAAUACCACAUUUGGUGGCAUUGUGCAAGAACAAGACAAGAAGCUGGUGUCGUCAAAUAAAUCUGCAGAUAAUACUUACACUAUAAAUACUUCUGAUGAUGAGGAUGGUCUUAUCACCCAAGCUAUUCUCUUGGGAAACAUUGAGGCUGCGGUAUCGUUAUGCUUUACUAGCAAAAGAUACGCCGAUGCCAUAAUUCUUUCGAUGGCCGCUGGUCCUGAGCUGUUGGCGCGUACUCAGUACAGGUACUUUUCGGAACAUUCCAAUGCAUUAAAUUCUCUCAUCAAUUCAUUAGUUAGCGAGAAUUGGGCGGAGGUUGUCAAAAAUAGUGACAUAAAAUGCUGGAAGGAGGCACUCGUCGGUAUAUUUACAAAUUCCAGUACGCAGGAACGAUCUGCUCUAUGUGAUAUGCUUGGCGAUCGUUUGGCAUCGUGUGAAAACCCCGCUCUUAAAAAGCAAGCUCAAAUCUGUUACAUUUGCUCCGGCAACUUGAAUAAAUUGGUUGAAGUGUCCAACGCCGAUAUUCAAGAGGUGGUAGAGUUAGUCGUAAUAAUGCAGAAAGCUUUGGAGCUUCAGGGCAUCAGGGAAAUUCAUAUGCAAGACAGAAUCGCCUCUGUGCUGUCACAGUAUGCCGAGAUGUUGGCAGCGGAAGGUGAUUUAGAAGCUGCCCUGAAUUAUCUCGGAAAUGGUCAAGAACAGAGAGUUGCAAUGUUGAGAGAUCGUUUGUGCAAGGCUCUGAGUUACGUACAGGAACAGACAAGCGUCCCAAAACCUGCGGGUCUUCAAAACUAUCAUCAGUAUGAGCAGACUGUACCGGGAAGAUCGUCGCAAAACACAUACAAUCCACUGCAACAAUUACAACCAUUACAGCAGACAGCGCAAAAUUUGCAAAACACGUACAAUUCGUCACAACAACCGCUGUUACAGCAGACAGCAACACCUGUGCAAUACUGGAACACGACUCCACUGAAACAGACUUAUGGAGUUUCUACGAAUCAAACACUUCAGAAUCCUCAGGUGUAUGGAAUGCCACCACCUCCUCAAUCUCAACCGCAAUCUACGAUUUAUGAUCAAUAUUCCGCACCGCAAUCGUAUAAUCAAAUUCCAGCUGCUCAGCCGCUUCCUCCUCCACCUCCGUCAGGUUCCAGUUUGAGUGGUGGUUCGAGGCCGUCCAGUGUCGGACCGCAAUCGAGAUCAAAAUAUCUAAUUGACCCAUCCGUCAAAUCCACUCCUGUGUACAGUCAGAGUGGUUAUCCAUCAUCCAAUCAAUUGUACAAUUCUCAACAAAUCGCCCCCGUUCCUGGCUACUCUUUACAAAAUGCAUAUCAACCUCAAGUUCCCAUGUUGAGUAAUACCUAUACCAGCCAGCCAGCAAGUUUUAUGAAUAAUCCUAAAGAACUCGAACCAUACAAGCCGCUUCAACCGAACAUAAUUCAGCCCCCAUUGCAACAAAACACGCCUCAAACUCAAAUGUAUGAGCAUUCUAUGGGUGCUCAGGCUCCUUCGCAAAUGCAGACACAUGGGAACGGGAACGUACAUCAAUUGUCGUCACAAGCAUCCGGCUGGAAUGAUCCACCGAUCGCAAAAAGUUUUAAAGCGCAGCCAGUACUGGCACUAUGCAACGCAAACGAAAUGUCCGCGGAACAUGCGGGUACCAAAAAAUGGAAGGCAAAGCAUUCGAAAGGUGUAGGCGUUAAGUCAAAAACCGAGUACCAACCGCAAAAUCCAAUUUUGCAUCCAUUGCGAAGCAAUCAACCAGAAUCGAAUCCAUCAUCACAAGAUAAUUUCUAUCAAGAGUCUCAUUCAUCUUUCAAUGUGCAAUAUGGUCAAGGCACAUUGAAUACUGCGCCAGUUAACAAACCAAUUGAACCAUUAUUACAAUCUGCGAUGCCUGCUGUUCCCGCAAAAGUGGCCGAACCAGAAAAACCUAAAGCACCUAUUCCCGAGCAACAUGUGCAUCUAAAAACGAUAUUAGAUGAAUUAAAAAAUCAGUGUUAUGAAAAUGCCAAGAAUCCACAAAUCAAAAGAAAGAUAGAAGAUGUAUCAAGGAAACUGGAAGUGUUAUAUGAUUGUCUUAGAGAGAAUAAAUUAUCCCAGAAUACUUUACAAGGGUUACAUCAGAUAUCACAAAUGAUACAAAAUGGCAAUUAUACAGGAGGAUUAGAUUUACAUACGCAAUUAGUAUCAGGACCAGAUUUUAGUCAAAUAGCUUCCUUUAUGCCUGGGAUUAAAGUAUUACUUCUAAGUGCCCUUCAAUUAAGCGUUUACAUUAGAUAGAAUCAUACGUUUAAUUGCCCACAUUACAUAUUGUAUACUCAUGAAUUUUUAUAAUUCUAAAUAUCCUUAACGACAAUUAUUUGCAUUAACUUUAUAUAACAAUCGGUAUAUCAAUAAUGUAGCAUAUAGCGAUAUUCAGGCUUGAAUUAUCAUCGUUUAUUUACGUUUCUAUAUACUCUGCUUUAAAAAUUGUAUAUUUUAUUAGAAUUCAGA